AUGUCGUUUUCACUACUUGUCCGCCCGCAACUAUCCACCUACACAUGCCGGUCAUGUCUAGUUCGCCUUUCGCGAUCCUCGCACCGCUCAAUCGCCUCUAAAGGAAAUCCUCAGCUCGCUAAAGAAGGAAAGGACAAGGCUAGUACUGCCGUACCGACAUCUCCCGCACGGACGCGUUUUGCGCCUUCGCCGACGGGCUACCUACAUCUUGGAUCACUGCGGACGGCGCUGUUCAAUUACCUCCUCGCAAAACGAACGGGUGGCCAAUUUCUGCUACGGAUAGAAGACACAGACCAAAAGCGCACGAUACCAGACGCCGAACAACGACUCUUCGAUGACUUACGAUGGGCGGGACUGCAAUGGGAUGAAGGGCCAGAAGUCGGGGGUCCGUAUGGGCCGUACAAACAGUCAGAGAGAAGUGAGAUAUACAGAGAAUAUGCGCACAAACUUCUGGAAUCAGGACAUGCAUACCGCUGCUUCUGUUCUUCCGAGCGCUUGAACGUCUUGGCCGAACACAGACACAAGCUGGGCAUCGCAACCGACUACGACCGCACAUGCGCCCCACCUGCUAUAUCCAAAGAAGAGAGCGACGACAGAGCAUCCAAAGGGGAAUCGCAUACCGUACGCCUCAGGGUUCCAGAUCAAUACCCGACAUACAAGGACCUCAUCUAUGGCACCUUCCGACCCCUUAAGAGACGCGGCCAUGUCACCGAAUCUGCUUACGAAGACCCCAUCUUGUUGAAAUCUGACGGCCUCCCUACGUACCACCUCGCGAAUGUAGUAGACGACCACCUCAUGAAGAUCACUCACGUAAUACGAGGAAGCGAAUGGAUGCCCAGCACCCCCAAGCACAUCGCCAUGUACCAAGCAUUCGGCUGGACACCUCCUGAAUUCGCCCAUGUCGGCCUCCUCGUCGACGAGAACGGCAACAAGCUCAGCAAGCGAAACUUCGACACCGACAUCACUGCCUUCAAGGAGAUGGAAAUCUUCCCUGAGACCCUGACAAACUUCGCUGCGUUGCUAGGAUGGAGCCACAAGGAAAAGAGCGAUGUCAUGGACCUGAAGACAUUGAUUGAGAAGUUCAGUUUGAAGUUCACAAAGGGUAACACCACAGUGACAUUCGGUAAAAUGCAAUUCCUCCAGCGCAAACAUGCCCUGCAACGUGCUUCUGUCGGCGGACCCAAACUCGAAGAACUGGUUCGCAACGCCUCCAAACUCCUCACUUCAGAAGACGGCCCCUAUCAAGAUUGGCAAUCCAUCAUUGGCACGCCCUUCCCCGAAUCCCACAUCCGCUCCAUCAUCCUUGCCGACGCAGAAAACUACACAAACGCAAACGAGUUUCUGUACCGCAACUCCUUCUUCUUCACACCCAUCCGUCCAUUCGACAAGCAACCGCCCAUGUCGACUACAUCCGACAUACCCAUGCGCGCGCAAAUGUUGGCAGAUAUCAAAGAGGAAGAUUGGAAUAAGGAAAAUCUGAUGAAGAAGGUGCACGAGAUCAUUGAUGGUAGGACAGAAGGCAAGAAGGGAAGCAAGGAUGUGUAUCACUACUUGAGGAAGACGAUUACUGGGCAGGAGCAGGGGAUGCGGUUGUAUGACAUCUUCACAAUUCUUGGGAGGACUGAGACGCUCAAACGGUUGGGGUUGCUGAUCAAUAAUUAG